AUGCUCGAAUUUGAUGAUGAGACUUUUAGAGAUAAUACUACUCCUAUAAUAAAUAAUAAUAUUGCUUUAAUAUCUGAUAAUGUGGAUGUUAUUGAUGAAAUAUUGGUCAAUUCUAAUGAAAUUGAUUCAUUAUUUAUUUCUGAUAACUGUGUGGAUUGUGUAGGAGAAUCUGAAGAUUUGUCUAGAAAUAUAAUAGAAUAUAGCCAUGAUAAAAAAUUAGAUGAACAAGAAUGUAAUAAACAAAAUGUAUUAAAAACUCAUUCAUCUUUAAGAAGAGUUAUAUAUACAUGUAGACAGAAUAGUGUUUUACGUAAUGAAAAUCGUGGAAUAGAAACUCCAAAUACUAGAAGUCGUUAUGGAAUUUUAAAUUCUAAUUCUAGAAUAAUAAAUUCUGUUGAUCACAAUGAUUCAUCAUCAUCAUCAUCUACAUCAUUAUUAUUAUCAUCAUAUAUAACUGAAUGUACUAUAUGUUUGACUCCUUUAGAUGAAUUAAUAAAAAAAAUAACGACAAUAAAAAGUAAUAAUGAUAAUUUACAGGAUUUACAGGAUUCUCUAAUUGGUGGUCUUUUAAUUUGUAAACAUAUAUUUUGUUUGUCAUGUAUAAAACAAUGGGCCCAAAUUGCAACACAAUGUCCUUUAUGUAAACGUGAAUUUGAAACAAUUAUUGGUUAUGAUCAUAUACCAACUGAAAAUUCAAUUGCAAUAAUAACUAUACCAGUUGAAAGACGGACAUUAAAUAAUGAUGAAUUAGAUGGUGAUGAUCCUUUUGCUGACUUUGCUUGUGAAGUUUGUCAUUUAAAUGAUCAUGAAGAAGUGUUAUUAUUAUGUGAUGGUUGUGAUUGUGGAUAUCAUACUUACUGUUUAGAUCCUCCUCUUGAUAGUGUACCUAGUGGUGAAUGGUUCUGUCCUAGAUGUUCACGUCCAAGAAGAACAAAUAAUAGGCGUACGAGAAGAGUACAAAAUAAUAGUUCAGAAUAUAGAAUAGAUAUUCAUAAUUCUUCAUUGAAUAGAAGGAAUACUAGACAAAGUACUCGUGACAGGAAUACAAGAAUUAGGGUUGUUUCUAUUAAUGAUAGUGAUUAUAAUAAUGGUAGUGAAUCUGAUUCUGAAGCAUUACAACGGAGAGGACGAAGACAACAACAAAGACAAAGACAGCAAAGACAAAGACAACAAAGACAACAAAGACAACAAAGACAACAAAGACAACAACAAAGACAACAACAAAGACAACAAAGACAAAGACAACAAAGACAAAGACAACAACAGCAACAACAGCAACAACAGCAACAACAGCAACAACAGCAACAACAGCAACAACAGCAACAACUAAAUAGUAUUGAUAAUUCUAAUAUUCAUAUAGAUAUACAAAUAAAGAAUAAUAACAGAAAAGAUAGAUCUAAUACAAUUUCACAAAUAAAUAUAGACGAAAAAUAUCUAAAUAAUUGUAAAAAUAAUAAUAUCUUAUUUGAAGAUAAAAAUACAACAAAUAUAGAUCAAACUGAAUCAGAACAGCAACAAACAUCAUCUUCUGCAUAUGAAUAUGUUGAUUUGACAAAUUAUAUAUAUCAUGAUGAUAUUUAUACUUUAGAAAAUAAUUUAUUAAAUAAUACAAGAGAACAUAUUAAUAAUUUAUAUAAUAAUAAUAAGAAAACAGAAUCUUGUGGUUCUAUUGAAUAUUUUAAUUAUAAAAAUAAUUCAUCAAAUAUGAAUAAAUUAAAUAACAAUAAUAUAGAAAUAGUCGAAAAUAUUAACGAAUUAAAAAAUUCAUAUAAUAAUAGUAAUUCUAAAUUUUUUGAUUUUCUUAAAAAUCAAUCAAAUAAAAAAGAAUCUAUUUCAUCUUAUAAAGUAAAUAAUUUGGAUAUAAAUAGAAAUGAACAAUGUAUAUUUGAAGGUUCACAAUAUAGUGAAUCAUCUGAUACAUCUAAUAUAAUAGAAAUAAAGGAAAUAGAACAAAUUAAGAAUAUAGAAGAAAUUAUUAAUGAAGAUGAAUAUGAAAAUGAUAUAAAAGCUUUAUCACCAUCACCAUUAUUUGAUAUAGAAGAAAAUGAUGCAUUUUGUAAAAAUUUUACAAUCAACGAAAAUAUCAAUCAUGGAAAUAUUCAUAUAUAUGGAGAUAAUCAAAAUAAUUUAAAUUUAAAAACUUCAAUUUCACGUGGAAAUAUUAUUUCAUUAAAACCUUAUAAUGAAUCUAUAUAUCUAAAUGAAAAAUAUACAAAUCAAUAUACAAAAAUUUUAGAUGAACAAAGUCUAUCAUUGUUAUCUUCAAACUCUUCAUCAAAUUCAUCAUCAUCAUCAUCAUCAUCAUCAUCAUCAUUAACAAAAAUUAUAUCAAUGGUAAGAAAUCAAGUAAUAUUUUUAGAAAAACAACAAAAUAAAAAAGUUCAUAUAUUGGGGGAUAAUAAUUGCAAUAAACCUUAUACAAAUAAUGAAAAUAUUAAUAAUACAAUUAAAAAUAAUCAGUUAUUAUUAACACCAAAAAAAAGAAAAUUUAAGUCAUCUGAUAAUUCGUUAAGUCCUUUUGAUAAAAAUAAUUGGAGUUAUAAAAAACUUUAUAAUGCAAAUAAUUAA